GCGCCGCCGAAAGAGGCGGUGGGAUGCUGAGCAGGAGCGACCCAAACGGGCGGUAGUGACGCCCUUUCAGCGGCAGGCCGUUCAUCUCGCCUUUCCGCCGACGGCAGCAGCAGCAGCAGCAGCAGCAUUAACAACUGCUCUUCUCCUUCCCUCCUGGGAGCCGAAGCGCUGCCCGUGUGCGCCCGCCCGACCCGCUUCUUCGCGCACUGUUGUCAUGGAGGAGCCAAGAUGGCGGCCCUGGCCUACAGCUUGGGCAAGCGGGAAAUCAACCACUACUUCAGCGUGAAGAGCGCAAAAGCCCUGGCGCUGGCCGCUGUUGUCCUGCUCACUGCCUGCUACGCCGUCUCCCGUCGGUAUCAAGGUAACGAUACUUGUGAAUAUCUUCUCUCUACUGGAAGAUUCCUUGGGGACAAAACAUGGCAACCUUAUAGCUGUAUGAUGCAUAGAUAUAAACAGAGUGAAGCAAAAUCAUGCCUCAAAAACAAAUAUAUUGCAUUUAUAGGCGAUUCUAGGAUUCGUCAGCUAUUCUACUCAUUUGUAAAACUCAUAAAUCCUCAAAUUAAGGAGGAAGGAAACAAGCAUGAAAACAUUCCUUUUGAAGACAAAUCAUCUUCACUUAAAGUGGAUUUCUUGUGGUAUCCAGAGGUCAAUGGUUCUAUGAAGCAAAGUAUCAAGGCUUGGAUUGAAGGUUCUUCAUCCAAGCCUCAUAUACUUGUAGUAGGAGCUGCUACGUGGUCUAUAAAAAUUCAUAAUGGCAGCAAUGAAGCACUCACACAAUACAGGAUUAAUAUCACUUCAAUUGCACCCCUUCUGGAAAAGCUGGCAAGGAGUAGUGAUGUCUAUUGGGUCUUGCAAGAUCCAGUUUAUGAAGAUAUGUUGAGUGAAAGCAGGAAAAUGAUCACUAAUGAGAAAAUAGAUGCUUACAAUGAAGCAGCGGUCAGUAUUCUGAACAGCAGCUCAAAAAAUUCAAAAGCUAAAGUAAAGGUUUUUAGUGCAACUAGACUAAUAGCAGAAGAAACUAUAAUUCAGUCAUCAGACGGCUUACAUCUUCCUGAAUCAAGCAGAGAAACAAGCGCAAUGAUUCUAAUGAACAACCACUGCAACAAGAUUGUGAAACCUAUUGAUGGCUCAUGCUGCCAACCUCAGCCUCCUGUGACUUUGAUACAAAAACUAGCUUUUUGCUUUUUGGCUUCAUCUGUAAUUGGAUAUUUGAUUCUUGUUCUCAUUCGUCAUAACAAUAACCAGAAAAAUAAACUCUGCACUGAUAUGGAGAGUGGAGAAGAGAAAAAACCUGCCACUAAUUCUCCAACAGUUUCUACUCUAGAGACACUUUUCCAGUCCUUGUGCAAACUUGGCUUAAUUAUGGGCUACUUCUACCUGUGUGAUAGAGCAAACCUAUUUAUGAAAGAAAACAAGUUUUAUACUCAUUCAUCUUUUUUUAUACCAAUAAUUUAUAUCUUGGUGUUAGGAGUAUUUUACACAGAAAAUACUAAAGAGACUAAAGUGUUAAAUAGGGAGCAGACUGAUGAAUGGAAAGGAUGGAUGCAGCUUGUCAUUUUGAUCUACCAUAUCUCUGGAGCAAGCACAUUCCUGCCAGUGUACAUGCACAUCCGUGUUUUGGUUGCUGCAUAUCUAUUCCAAACAGGCUAUGGACAUUUCUCAUACUUUUGGAUUAAAGGAGAUUUUGGCAUUUAUAGAGUGUGUCAGGUUUUGUUUCGACUGAACUUCCUGGUUGUGGUGCUAUGCGUUGUAAUGGAUCGAUCUUACCAAUUCUAUUACUUCGUUCCACUAGUCACUUUCUGGUUUUUAAUCAUAUAUAUUACAUUAGCUUUGUGGCCUCAAAUUAUCCUGAAGAAAGCCAAUGGUAGUUUCUUCUGGCAUUCUGGCUUGCUGUUAAAAUUAGGAUUCCUGUUUGUCUGCAUUUAUUUUUUAGCAUACUCUGAGGAUCUAUUUGAAAAGGUUUUUUCUAUAUGGCCAUUGUCCACAUUUUUUGAACUAAAUGGGAGCGUCUAUGAAUGGUGGUUUAGAUGGAAAUUAGAUCGAUAUGUUGUUUUCCAUGGAAUGUUGUUUGCUUUCAUUUAUCUAACUUUUCAGAAACGGCAUGUCCUCUCAGAAGGAAAGGGAGAACCACUUUUUCCUACCAAAGUUUCAAAUAUUUUCUUAUUUAUUUCAGUAGUGUUUUUUCUGACAUAUUCCAUCUGGGCAAGUAGUUGUAAGAAUAAAACUGAAUGCAAUGAAAUGCAUCCUUCUGUUUCAGUUGUGCAGAUUUUAGCUUUCAUCCUAAUUAGGAAUAUACCUGGCUAUGCUCGUUCAGUAUACAGUUCCUUUUUUGCAUGGUUUGGCAGAAUUUCUCUUGAGCUCUUCAUCUGUCAGUAUCACAUUUGGCUGGCAGCAGAUACAAAAGGAAUCUUGGUCCUUAUUCCAGGAACCCCCAUGCUCAAUAUUAUUGUCAGCACUUUUAUAUUUGUCUGUGUGGCUCAUGAAAUUUCCCAGAUCACAAAUGAUCUUGCACAGAUUGUUGUUCCAAAAGAUAAUGUAAUGCUGCUGAAAAGAUUAAUAUGGGCAUGUGUGUUUUUCUCCGGAUUUCUCUUUUUAUCAUCUUUUCAAAAACAGUGAAGGUGUUAACUUCCACAAAAUCCUUCAGUCAUUGCUUCUGCUUCAUUUUAUAUCUCCUGAAUAAAUGAAAAUCAGCUGGAAUUACAUACUCCCCCAACUCUGUUUCUGUUCCUGUGGAGCACAAGAAAAAGAAACAUAGGAAGUACACUAAACAUGUAUAUGUUGUCUAAGGAUAACAUCAAUUCAGGAAAAUAGGAAUGCAUUAUAUAUAACUAUGGGGAGAAAAAAAAUGAUUUUUCUGCUGGAGGAUUAUUCUGUUUACAAAUCUUUCUAAAAUUAAUGUACAAUCGAGCAAAAUGAGCUCAGCUAAAGGCAUUUAAGACUUUUUCUGGAAGCAUUUCUUAAAAUGAUUAAUAAUUAUUUACAUUCACUGUAUGGAAAAACAAAACUGCUUAUGCUGCAACAAAUUACAUAACUCACCUCUUGAUGGCAUUUUGAAUUCCUGGAAUCACAUAGAGAAAUCAUUGAAGACCAUAAGGCUUCAACAAAAUACUGCAUAGCAUCUGGGAACAAAAUGUCUGUAGUGAUUUAUUUUAAAUUUCUAAGUAUAUGUAUUACUUCUGGGGAAUUGUCAAGAACUGAGGGAUAAAAAGACACUGAAAUAUAAUCUUAAUGUUUACAAACUGCAUUUCAGUUCAGUAGAUCUUCAGCAAAUUCUCUGUGUAUAAUGAUUGACAUUCAUUUUGAAUAUUUUGAGCAGUCUUAUUUUUCUUCCACUGUUUAUUUUUAAUCAGUAUUUUCAAGUCUUUAGUUAAUUGAAAAUGUAAUAUUUCCUGAGAUUUUCCUUUCUGGUAUACUGCUGAGUUACAUUUUACUUCAGUUUUUCUUUUUUUCAUGAAAAGAAUUUCAUUGGAACCAGAUAACUUUAUCUGACACACUUCUUCAAAGAAGUUGGGCAUUUAGCUGUGAUUGUUCUAUCAUUUCUGUAAGAAUUACUUUUUGGCUUGGGAGAAUUAUUCAGAAUUUGCAUGGACUGCAUGAGAAGUAAGGACAAAAAAAAUUACCUCCUCAAAUAUAGGAAUUUCAAAGCUAUUUUACCAAUCACUGUUUUAAAAGGGCUAUGAAGCUGUUGUAAUUUCUUUUUGAAAUUAAUCAUGCACAAUCCCAUGCAAAACAGGUAGUUCGGGAAUAGUAUUAUAAAGUUUUAAAAUACAAAAUGCUUCAUUGUGGUUUACAUAUGCCCUUUAAAUUCCAUUAAUAUUUAGCUAUAUUCUCAGUAAUAUUUCUGUCCCUCUUCCUAAGCAUGCUGUGCAUAGGUUUAAUGCCGUAUAUAAUAAUUGAAUUUGAAGGAAAUAGUAUGACUUAAUCUGAAAAAAUUAAGUGGAAUAUGCCAAUUCUGAUAUUUUAAUUCUGGCAAUUUGGAGUGUAUUCUGGGCAAUUUGUAGUCAAAAUAAGAUUAUAAGUAUUAUCCAGUAUACUAACAUAUGUGUGGAAUAUGUAGCUUCUAAGAUGCAUAUUCACAUUAAAAAUUCAGCAUUUUUAAAACCUAUCCCUCAUUGGCUUUUUAUCAGUAUCAGCUUUAGCACUAAGUUUGAAAACGGAGGUUUGUGGUGAAAUGGUGUGUUUAAUCUACUUUUUUUUUUUUUUAACAUUUUGGGGCAUUGAAAACUAAAGAGUAUUUUGAAGUGCUUCAGGAGUUUUUUGGCAAAGACAUGUCUGCCUUUAAAAAAAUAACACCUUAGGAGGUAUGUUAAUGGUAUGUUCAUUGGGGACUUAUCUUUGAUAUCAGUUGCAACAUGUCCCUAAUAUGUCUGCAUGUUGCAUCCAGUUUUAGCACUUGAAGAAUGAAUAGACAGUAUUGUUUACUAUGCAUAUGUGCAAUUAUAGGGCUUUUUAUUUAUUAGUGUGUUUUGAUGUAUGGAAUUAGGAACUCAUAAUUCCCAUUGUAAUAGAUUAUACUAAACAAUGGGAAAGGAGAAGAGGAAAUCCCACUAAAUAAUAAUAGGAAUAAUAAUAGGUUCCAAAAUGUUAAAUGUUUGUUACAUUAGCUUCUUGUGUAAGUCCUGUGUUUAUCUGACCAUUUAUUUCAACAGGUGUGAAAAGUUCUGUUUUACCAUUAAUGAUUUGCAUUUUUUUUCUUCAAUUUUGUUUAACAUGGAUGUAAUAGCUGGCAAGUCAGGAAUUGAAUGUACAAAUGAGAUCCAGUGAGAAUUUUUGUUCAUUUGGGAGUGUUUUGUUAUGUUACAAUUUGAGUACUAUAGAUAUUUUAUUUAUCUGUUGUACAGAUUUGGUUAAAGAUUAUUUUUUAAGUUUGAAAUAUUGCACUUGUUUGCUAUAUAUUUUUUAAAGAAUAUAUUUCAAAUUUAUGUGAAAAAUAUGAAGUAAUUUAAGGUUUAAAUAAAUGUGGUGUAAGUGCUUAUUUUUGUACUAAAGGAGCAUCAGUUAAGUAAAGGAGUGUUAUGUG